AUGGAUCCAGAGUCCACUGAAUCCUCGCUCGACCCGAUCUCUGAUAGUAUGCGCACUUUGAUCCCAUUGUUCGAACGUCUUCCUCGUACGAUGUGGCGCAUAGAACAAGGACGGUUUAUGCUGUUAGAUUCUCCCGACCUCACAUUUAGUGCUACUUUCAUCUCUUCCGCCAAGCAGAUCAAGGUUCUGAAAUGGUGUUUUAAUGGAGACAUCACAGCCGCUGCGCUGUGGUAUAUCCUGCAGAGGUGGCCCCCGCAGAAUGGCCCCUUGCUUCCGGAGUUGCGCGAGUUGGAGUGGGUAGACGAAAGAGCGGAAACAAUUCCUUUAAUCUCCAAGUUGCCUGGUUCCCGUCUGCAACGGUUCAGCUUGGCCACAUCGCAUAUCGAGCAAGCAGAAGGUGUGCUUCGCAAGGUGUUGCCGAUGUGUCCACAGCUCGAGUUCCUCUCCGUUUGGGCUCACAGCUCGAGAAUCAUUCCGGGGAAGAGGAAGGAUUUUCUGGGGUCCAUUUUCCCUGUGGGGAAAAGGACCGACUUGUCUUCAAUUCUUCGGGCGACUAUGUCGCUUCGUGUACUGUCACUCAUGCCGGGAAUUUUGCUCUCCCCAGAAGAAGUCCUUGCGCUUGCAGUCUUGCCGCAUCUGACUGAGGCAAGCUUCUUCGUGGGCUCCGACGGUUCCAGCAUCCCACGAGAUCCGGUGGCGCCAGGUGGUUUUCCCGCAUUGAAGAAGCUUGCCUUGUACUCGGAUACGCUCACCGAGCACAUACCGAUUUUCCUCGACCAGGCAGGUGUAAUCCAUCUCAGCGAGAUCAUUUUGGGUGUCUGUAACUGCCCUUCUCCCGACUCACUUCAUAAGUUUUUCGACUUCCUCGCACAUUCCCCAUUCAAUCACGCCCUGAUCAAGUUGAAAGUGGACGUUCUCGGUAAUGAGCAAACGGAUCCCGCCCAUGCAAGUGAACCUGUUGGCGAAUUCACCAUUACGCCGCGUCAGCUGGAGCCUCUCCUGAGAAUGGGGUCGCUCAGCUGUUUGGAGAUAGGCGUCAAUCACCUUCAGCUGGACGCAUCCUUUCUGAAGUGUCUCGCCCUGUCCCUCUCCCACAUUCAACGGCUCGUCAUCAUGCACCACAGAAACCAUGUUGAUUGCAAGUUCGUCCCGCUCACCGAUCUGGUCCCCUUCACAGAACAUUGCCCUGACCUCCGUUACAUUGGCUUUGACGUUGACAAAGAGACGGAGAACGAGCUGGGCGAGACCUGGAAGUCCAAUUCGCGGGUGGAGUGUAUCGAUUGUGGCAUUCACAAUACGCAGAUGUCAGAGUUCAUGCUGCCGAAUCUGUCCCGAUUGUUCCCCAUGGUGAAGAAAGUUGAUUGGGUCGUAUGGAAGCCUGAGUCCUGCGCCUCACGUCCUGGAAUCUGUCAUCUUUAG